AUGGUAUUUCCGGGUCAGAAGGUGGCAACACUUGUGCCUUACUUUCCUAUUGGGGACACUGUUCUGGAGUUGGUUCCGAUUGGGGGAACUCGUGAUUGGCCAUUGGUGACGCAUGUGGCACCGACUGUAUGGCUUGUCGGUGGUCAUUAUGGUGAAAUCGGCCUAGCUUGCUUCAGGAGAAGUGAUGACACCGACAUCAGUGCAGCCUCGACAAUGCUCUCUACAAUAGUCCGGCGCGUCCUCGUCGUCGCCUUGGCGGUGGCCGUCCUGGGCGCCGCUAACCCGCGCGCCGCCGUGGACGCGUACAAGAACUACACCGUCGGCGACGACAAGGGCUGGUACGACGGCCUCGCGGUCGACUACCAGGCUUGGGCCGAAGGCUACAACUUCACCCUCGGAGAUUUUCUCAUAUUCAACACGGACAAGAAUCACUCGGUGGUGCAGACACGGAACGAGACCCUGUACAAGAGCUGCGACUACGACGACUCCGGCCUCGACGACACCGUCGAUUGGUCCGCCGCCGCGCCGGAGUUCAGCAAGGAUGCCGUCACCGCCGCCGUGCCACUGCUCAAGGAGGGCAGAACGUACUUCUUCUCCGGGAACUACGACGGCGAGCAGUGCGAGAACGGCCAGCGCUUCGCCAUAGCCGUCGCACACGGCCAAGGCCUCCCGCCGGACCUCAGGCCGCCGGUGGCCGACGCGCCAGGGCCAGCAGCCGGACCCGACAGCGCCGACAGGGCGCCGGCCUUCGACUUCAGCCACCCAAAGAACGUCUCCACGCCGUCGGAAACCGGUGCUUCCGAUGACGAGACGAGUACCAGUACUUCGGAUUCUACUCUAAAUCUAGCCAGUUUGGGGGCUGGCCUGAUCAUGGCUCUCAGUGUGCUCUUUGCGGUGCAAGUAUAA